AGUUUCCACCACCCCACCACUCUUUACAGUUCCCGUGGCCCAUGCACUUUAAAGCAAGCAGUUUUAAUCUCGAAAGAAAGAAGUAGCUAGGAAAGUAAAUUUCUACUUUUGCGUAGAAACCAAGCUAGGAUCACACUUGACUGUGAUUUUCUGAUCGCGGAGCUCCUUGACACAGAUCAAUCUGUAUUUUCAUCCAUGGCAGUUGUUACAUCAUCAGCUCAAGAAGCUUCUUCUUCCAAUGUUUCUUCUUCUCGAUUCAGUUAUCACGUUUUCUUGAGUUUCAGAGGUGAAGACACACGCAAGUCUUUCACCGACCAUCUCUACACAGCCUUGACCGAUGCAGGGUUUCGCACGUUCCGAGAUGAUGAUGAACUUCCCAGAGGAGAAGAGAUCAAACCAGAACUAGAGAGGGCCAUCCAACAGUCACAAAGUUCUGUCAUUGUGUUUUCCAAAGACUACGCUUCUUCCGGAUGGUGCCUUGACGAGCUUGUCAUGAUCCUUCAAUGCAAGAAGACCUCAUCCAACCAUGUUGUCUUACCAGUCUUCUACGAUAUCGAUCCAUCUCACUUGAGGAAGCAAACAGGGAGUGUUGAAAAAGCAUUUGCUAAACAUCAGAAAAAGCAAUCACUGGAGAAGUUGAAUAGAUGGAGGGAAGCACUUGCACAGGUUGCAGAUCUAGCAGGAAUGGUGCUACAAAAUCAAGCUGAUGGGCAUGAGGCAAAGUUUAUCAAGAAAAUUGUUAAAGUGAUUGAAGACAAACUAUGUCGUGUGCCCCGUGUUACACCUUACCUAGUCGGAAUUCAAUAUCAGGUUGAAAACAUUAACUUAUGGUUACAAGAUGGAUCAUCUGAUGUUGGCAUAUGGGGAAUUUGUGGUAUUGGUGGCAUAGGAAAGACAACCAUUGCACGAGUUGUUUACAAUUCUAAUUUUGAAAGAUUUGAAGGAAGAAGUUUCAUUGAAAAUGUGAGAGAAAUUUCAGAACAACCCAAUGGGUUAGUUCAGAUACAGAAACAGCUCCUUUCUGAUAUUUUGAGUGGCAGAAAAGUGAAAAUAGAGAGUGUCAGUGAGGGGAUAAUGAUGAUUAAGGAUGUCAUAGGAUCUAAAAAACUACUUGUUGUUCUAGACGAUAUUGAUCGUACGGGCCAAUUAGAUGCAGUACUUAGUAUGAGAGAUUGUUUCUGUCCAGGAAGUAAACUUAUCAUAACAACUAGGAAUGCAGGGUUGUUAGAGGCUCGUCAAGUUGAUAAUGUGCAAAUGGUUGAAUUUCUAAAUGAUGUUCAUUCACUGGAGCUCUUUAGUUGGCAUUGUUUUCGACAGGACCAUCCCCGUGAAGAUUAUGUGGAGCUUUCAGAAAGGGUAGUCAACCACUGUGGAGGACUUCCCUUAGCUCUUCAGACUCUGGGUUCUUCUCUAUCAGGGAAAAGUUUAGAUGUAUGGGAAAGUGCACUACAGAAAUUAAAGGCUAUUUCAAACAAUGAAAUCUUGAGUAAACUUAGAAUAAGCUAUGAUUCUUUACAAGAUAACCAUGACCAAAAUUUGUUCCUCCAUAUUGCAUGUUUCUUUAUUGGAAAGGACAAGGAUCUCAUUGUCAAAAUACUAGAUGGAUGUGAUUUCUACACCAUUGUUGGCAUUCAAAACCUCAUUGACAGAUGUUUAGUGUUUUGUGAUGGUUAUAACAAGAUGAGGAUGCAUCAAAUGAUUAGAGACAUGGGAAGAGAAAUUGUCCGCCAAGAAUCCAAGUAUCCUGAGAAACGUAGUAGAUUAUGGCAUCAUAGAGAUUCUUUCAAUGUACUGAGAGAGAAAAAUGGUUCAAAAAAAAUUGAAGGCCUUGUCCUGAACAUGCAUAUGUACCUUUCAGAAACUCCUUCACGGACUUCAAAUGAGGUAGUCUUGGAAACAAAUUCAUUUACAAGUAUGCGCAAACUAAGAUUGCUCGAACUUUGUGAUGUACAAGUCAUUGGAAGUUAUGAAGAGUUUCCUAGAGGAUUAAGAUGGUUGUGCUGGGCUGAAUUCCCUUUAGACUCUAUUCCGACUGAUUUAUUUUUGGAGAGCCUUGUUGUGCUUGAAAUGCCUAGUAGUAACUUGAGACAAGUGUGGAAGGGAAUGAAGCAGAACCGGCUUCCAUCAUUGAAGAUCCUUGAUCUCAGCCAUUCCCUUUACCUGACUGAAGUUAGUGAUUUAUCGUUAGUCCCCAAUCUAGAGAAAUUGAUUCUUGAACAUUGUCCGAACUUGGCUGAAAUCCAUGAGUCCAUUGGAAACCUAGAGAGUCUUGUUUGUGUGAACAUGAAAGAUUGCAAAACUAUUAGCAAGCUUCCAGAGAAAUUUUUUAUGCUAAAAUCACUCGAGACACUUGUUAUAUCUGGUUGCACAAAUCUUCAUCAGUUUCCAGUGGAAAUGAGUAAGAUGACAUCUCUGAAAGUUCUUGAAGUAGAUGAAGUUCCCAUAAAUCGUUUACUCACUGCCUAUGUGGAGAUCAAAUCAUGGCCAAGAAAAAGUAUAGAUAAUUUUUGGGCUUUAUUCCCCUCAACUUUAGUUGAUUUAAGUCUUAGAAACUGUGGUCUCUCUGAUGAUGCUUUUCCUAUGGAUUUUGGUAACUUGUGCUCAUUGCAAACAUUGGAUCUAAGCUUGAAUCCAGUUUGUAGCUUACCAGAUUGUGUGAGAGGCCUUAGAGGAGGUCUUGAUCACCUUGUGAUGCAAAACUGUGCAAGUCUAAAGUCGAUUGUAGGGCUGCCAAGAGUAAAAGUGCUGGAUUUCUGGGAGUCUGAUUCCUUGGAAAAAGUGACAUUUCAAUCGUUGUCGUGCAUACCAAAGCAAAUUAAGUUCUAUGUGAAAAAUCAGUCCAAACUUUCCGAGAUUGAGCACUGGUUCAAGUUGGAACCUAUUGUAAGAGUAAAUGUAAAAAUGAUCAACCUAUUAGGUUUGUGUGACUUGGAAUCCAUGGAAGCCGUUAAAAUGUACAACCCCUCUAUUUAUACAUCGGCAAAAAUGCAACCGAUCCAGGGAGUGUAUGAAUAUGGUAUAUUCAACACAUUUCUUAGUGGGAUUGAGGUUCCGGGGCAGUUCAGCUACAGAAGCAAUGGAGCCUCCUCAAUGUCUUUUACGGUAUCCCUACCUCCUCCUAAUCUCAGGAUCCGCGGCUUCAACUUUUUCUCUGUUUAUGCAAAGUCGGAAGGCUCUGGUGUUUUAUUAGCUUGCUAUCCAUUAAUGAUGAAAGUUAGUAAUAAGAGCAAGGGUCUGAAGUGGAUCUAUGGACCUUCAUUCUUCGGUAUGCCAAGUGAGGAAAAAGAUGUGAUAUGGUUGAGCCAUUGGAAGUUGGGGAGUCGAUUGGAAGCUGGAGAUGAAGUCACUGUUUCAGUGUUUACACCACAACAACAUUUUCUGGUAAAAGAGUGGGGCAUACAGAUUGUGCAUGAGCAAGAAGACCAGAUGAUCUGCAGCCAAGAUAGCAGCAGCAGUAUAUAUCCUUGCUAUGAUUCAGAUCAAGAAGUCAAUGACAUCAUUGGUGCAGAUCAGGUGAUGCCAGGAUCUUACUUGCUUAGUGGCGGACCUGUAGAACAAAAUCGGAAUUUGUAUAAUAGAAGGAUCAAUAAAUUACUUCAGUUGAAUAACAUGUUUGAAGACUCUGCUGAAGAAACAGAUAAAGAAGAAGAAAGGCAGCAACAUCAGCAGCAUGGUGAGUCUGACCAGAUGGUCGAAGGAGAAGCAGAAGUAGAAGCAGAGAGGGGUUGCAUAGGCUGCAAGGUUGUCAUUUUGGCAGUUGUCCAAUGGUCACUGGCUCUUUUCUCUCCAAGUGAAAGAAACGACAGGCCAUAAUGGGUGUAGAAUGUAAAAACGGAAGUGCCAAUCUUUGCAAGUGUAUAAAAAUAACAACGUACAUUGUUAUUUGUAUGUCCCCCUCGAUGUUCACUAUUAUCCAUCAUAUAACAACAUCACAUUCUAAAGAGGGACCAUCAUGUGUAUAAUUAGGUUAUGUCCACAGGGACAUUCAUGCAACCUUUUUAAGUAUUCCAGAAAAUUUGGUAAGCAUGUUAGAUGACAUCAUUAAUUGAAGAAUGAGUGAAUGAAAAGUCUGCUGUUACUGAUAAAA